AUGGCGGAGCUACGACAAGGUGGACGCUCUUCCCCAUCAGACAAUGCUGUUCCCCCCCCCCCAAUAGCCUCUACCCAGAACAUCGGGGCUCUCUCCCGCCUCUCUCCCCAGCCAUCAACAUCUAGACAGAGUAGAAUCACCGACUUUGUACAGCAGACAGAAGGCGAAAAUACAAACAUAACCUCCACUGCAGCUGAAAUAACAGUAAAAAGCCCAAAGAAGAAGGUUGUGCGAAAACCUCGUCAGAAGUCUCGCUACCUGAUACCAACGACAACAGUGAAGAAACAUUUCAACCAUUUUGCCGGCAUGCGUGUGGCCAAGGACGCUAUUAAGGAGGUCAUGAAAGUGUCUGAGACGUACUGGGAUAACUUGUGUGCGGACUUGGAGGCAUACGCCAGACAUGCUGGCAGGAAACGCAUACAGAUGGCCGACUUUGAACUGCUCUUUAAGAGGCAAGGCUAUGUAACAGAGAAGACCAGUCUUAACUCCUUGAUUCGUCGCUACCUCCCCUGGGAAGAAGCUGAUAAACUAAUACCAGUCAUUGGCGCAGACAGCAAGAUAUACCCAAAACUGUAGACUGCUACCACCGACGAUGCGGUUCAAUAUUGGUGAUUUAAUACCAUUCAUUAGGGCGGACAACAAGAUAUACCCAAAAGUGUAGACUGCUACCACCGACCAUGUGGUUCAAUGUUAGUGAUUUAAUACCAGUCAUUGGAUUGGACAACAAAAUAUACACUGAAAUAAACACAGCUAUUUCCUUGUGGUUUAUAAUUGAUGAUUUAAAUCCAGGCAUUGGGACAGAGAACAUUAUAUAUCUUAAGUUAAAAACUGCUAUGGACCACAUUCAGAGCAGGCAACACAACAUUCUAUUAACUAGACUGCUACCACCAUGUGGUUCAAAAUUGGUGAUUUUAGAGCCAUCAUUGAGGCAGACAACAAGAUAUACAUGUUCUACCAAUAAUAUCAACACUGUCAUCGCAGCAGACAACAAAAUAUACCUAAACUGUUGACCGCUGUCAUAAAGUGUUCAAAACGGUCAACCAUGUGAUUAUGUUUGUUGAUAUAUAUAUUUGUAUAUCGAAAAAGAAAAUGUUUUCUGUUUUCUUUUUAAUAAUAAAAGUGUCAUGGAAUCAGUGUAAUUAUGUAGCUUGACCAUUAUGGUAAUGUAGCCAUUCAUUUUCAUUUAUUGAAAAAGAAUUUCAAGUCUGGAUCAACAGUCAUGUUACAAAAUGUACAUACAAGGCAAGGAUAUGAUCAUCAAGGAUAUAAUUUGGUAUUCAAAUGUGUAGAUGCAUGUAGAUAUUGUUUUGAGAUAAUGUCUGUAAAGAAAUAUUUCCGCUGUAUAACAAUUUGUAGUUCAUAAAAUAAUUUGAUGACAAUGACUAUAUAUAUAUAUAUAGUUUAUAUGUUGUUGUUUUUUUUCCAGGAAAAGUCGAGGUAUUGUCAAUUCAAAUGAAACUUGGUACACAUGUUGCUAGAUACGCAUGUGUAAAUCAAAGCCCGUAACACUGAUCAUAAGUAUUAUCAAGUUAUGCCCAUUUUUUACUAAAAUACAUACAAAUUCUU